UCUACUCUUGGUAAGUUAGUUGGUCUCUUUACGAGAUUCUGAAUCGCACUUCAAAAUUCUUUGCUUCUGCUUAUCCUACACUCGCACGAGCUCUCGCUCUCCCUCGUCGUCAGAAUCCGUCUUCCCGAUUGCUUCUUGCAGCGUAGCGCUCCGCCGUAGCAACGGCAGCCUAUUCAUAUCGAAUCCCUAGUUGGUUGUUCAGAGAAUUGGAAGCAAUUCCAUGCCUGAUCUCAAAGAACGCUUGCUUCCUACAAAAUAUGCAUCAAGUGCAAAUAUUAGAGAUACAUCUUAUAGGCCUUCUGCCUCUGGUCGUCAACCAUUCCAAGGUCUUGAUGUCCUGGGCCUUAAAAAGCGUGGCCAGGGGCUUAGAUCAUGGAUUCGUGUCGAUGCGUCUGGGAACUCCCAAGUCAUUGAGGUUGACAAGUUCACUAUGAUGCGUCGCUGCGAUCUCCCAGCACGUGAUCUGCGGCUACUUGACCCAUUAUUUGUUUACCCCUCCACAAUUCUUGGCAGAGAAAGUGCCAUUGUUGUUAAUCUUGAGCAGAUUCGAUGUAUUAUUACAGCAGAUGAGGUUCUGCUCUUGAAUUCUCUAGACAGCUAUGUCCUGCAGUAUGUAGUGGAGUUGCAACGGCGGCUGCAAUCUGCUGGGGUUGGUGAGGUUUGGCCAACAGAAGGUCCUAACUUGCACAGAAGGAGAGGAAGCAGGAAUCUUGAUGAUUUAUUUGGGAGCUCGUCACCUGAUUAUUUACCCUUUGAAUUCCGUGCUCUUGAAGUUGCCCUUGAAUCUGCUUGUACUUUUCUGGAUUCUCAGGCAGCAGAGCUAGAAAUUGAAGCAUACCCUUUGUUGGAUGAGCUUACAUCAAAGAUAAGUACAUUGAAUCUGGAGCGUGUUCGUCGAUUGAAAAGCAGACUUGUAGCGUUGACUCGUCGUGUUCAGAAGGUUAGGGAUGAGAUAGAGCAACUUAUGGACGAUGACGGGGACAUGGCUGAAAUGUAUCUUACUGAGAAGAAAAUGCGGAUGGAAUCAUCAUCAUUUUAUGGUGAUCAAUCUGUGGUUGGAUACAGGUCAACUGAUGGUGUGCUGUCUGUUUCUGCUCCAGUUUCUCCUAUUUCGUCUCCUCCUGAUAGCAGCAGGAAGCUCGAAAAAAGUUUGAGUGUAGCCAGAAGCAGGCAUGAGAGCAUGAGAAGUUCAGAAAGCGCUGCAGAAGCUCAAAGUAUAGAGGAGCUCGAAAUGCUCUUGGAGGCUUACUUUGUCGUCAUUGAUAGCACCCUCAACAAGUUGACAUCGCUUAAGGAGUAUAUCGAUGACACAGAAGAUUUCAUCAACAUUCAGCUGGACAAUGUCCGGAACCAGCUUAUACAGUUCGAGUUGAUACUCACAACUGCAACGUUUGUAGUUGCAAUCUUUGGCGUGGUAGCAGGGAUAUUUGGAAUGAACUUUGAGAUCGCAAUGUUCCAGUACAAAAAUGCAUUCCAGUGGGUCCUCGUAAUCACAGGGGUUAGUGGGCUCGUGGUAUUCCUUUCAUUCUUGUGGUAUUUCAAGUAUAGAAGAUUGAUGCCACUGUAGGCAAUCCACUAAAUUAAUUCAGGCAGGAGGAGCCGACGGAACAGAGCAAGGGGGAAAAGGUUGUCUCUGUAAUCAACUGUUCAAAAACUUUAAGAAUCAAUUUUUUGUUGUACAAAUGAAUUCCAAGAUACAGCUCCUCAUCAUGUUGCCUGCCUUGUUAAAUGGCAAAGUUUUCGACUAAUUUUGCACUUUAAAAUUGAUUUUUGUAUCUAUUGCUCUCA